CGCGGGAAAGUUGAAUUUGAUUUAUUAUAAGUAUCGUAUCUGCAUUAAUAGGUUUAAUUAUUUUUUCAUAAAGGCUUUUGGAGUGCUUAUUUUCAACGGAUUUAGAACGUGGAGUAUUCGGAACUUUCAGACGAUUACAGUACUCUCUCUUUGUGUUGUUCAAGAAAGUGAAAAUGCGUCGCUGUCGUCGAUAGAAGCAAUUUGCUUUUCCUGCUUAUUCUGAAAUGUACGUCGUUCCUCUUGAAAAUUCAGCGUUUGCCGUCGAGCAUCCAAGAAAUCAGGCUCGCACAUGGAGUCCGCAUCCUCCGCUCCCAUUGGCCGAGAGGCGACAGAAAGUGGGCAAAGAGAGCUCAAGCCUUUCGCUCGGGUGGAUGCGGGAAGCAGUUGAGGAGCGAAACUCAUCGAGAUCACUUCUCUUCCGCGGGGAGCCCGGGAGAAGAGCGCAUCAGAUUUGUUGUAUCCUUUCUUCUCAUCAUUGAUCCACUCUACUAAAUAUUAGAAUUUAAAAACAGAAAGAAAAGGGAUAAGAGGCGUGUUCCAUUAUCCAUAGAAGAUUCAUCAUCAUGAUUUCUUUUAUGAUUUUUAUUUGUAUAUCGGUGUUGCAGGCUCAAGGAGAUCCCAACAUCACCAUGGAAAUUGAAACAGUGACACAGCCAUGGGCCUGCCGAACGGAACGCCGGGCCUAUCUUUUGUUUGAUGAAUUCAAAGCAGACACGUGCGCAAGGUGCUAUCACUAUAUGCCUCUUUUCUCUUUCAAAAGAAAAUUCAAGUAUCUGAGCUGGUUGAGCAUCCUACGUGAUCCUUCCACUAAUUUCACUUACGAGGCGACACCGUUGAACACAAGCAAUGAGCUGAUCGCUUCGUUCAAUGAUGAAUCCUACGUCUUCAAGUGGAAGCAGUGCUGCCUGGCAGCCAUGGAGUGUUGUAACCGCAUGCUCAGUGCACCACCGAUUGAAACGGAUCAACCGUAUUGCCCUCGGACUUGGGAUGGCUGGCAGUGUUGGGAUGACACACCUGGAGGAACCACUGCCAAAGAUACCUGUCAAGGUCACAUUUACUUCGACAACGAAGCCCCUUCUUGUCCAAAAUAUGCUUACAAAGUAUGUUGGCCAAACGGUACGUGGUUUGAAAAUGAAUACAUGCGAGAAUGGACGAACUACAGCAAAUGUGGACGUGUUGAUGAGCAUCGGAACUAUUUAUAUUUCCAUAUUGCAACCUACUCAAUUUCCAUAGUCUCUCUGGUGCCAGCACUUAUUAUUUUCUCUGUUUACAAGCAGUUACAAGUUCAUCGAAUCUCCAUGCACAAGAAUCUGUUCAUGUCCCUUUUUCUGAAUGGAUUUGUGGUCAUUCUUUUCAAAUCCAUCGUAAUCUUGGACGAGCUCAAGAGAUCCGCGACAUAUGAGACUAUUAUGGACAGAAAUGGAGACGGAUGCAAAAUCCUAUUCAUUCUGACAAAGUACUUUCGAAUGACUAACUACAUGUGGAUGUUUUGCGAAGGUUUCUAUCUUCACAAGCUGAUAGCUGCCGCAUUUGCAGAGCAAAAGAGCCUCCUUAUGUUCUACAUAAUAGGAUGGGUAAUGCCUAUUAUCCCAGUGAGUGUUUACGCCAUACUGAGGAAAACAACUGAAGAUCAUAAAUGUUGGGCAUUUCCAGUGGAGAGCUACGAGUGGAUUAUGAAUGGACCGAAUAUGACAAGUUUACUGGUGAAUCUCGUCUUUCUGUGCAACAUAAUUCGAGUUCUUGUUACCAAAUUAAGAGCAACGCAUUCCAAUGAACCUAGUCAGUACAGAAAAGCAGUUCGUGCCACACUAGUCUUGGUACCGCUUUUCGGACUUCACUUCUGCAUCAUCAUCUACAGACCACCGCAAUCCACUAGAUGCGACUUGCUCACAGCGUACACUUACUUCAGCCACGCGAUGGAUGGACUUCAGGGUUUGCUGGUGUCCCUCAUAUUCUGCUAUAUGAACGGAGAAGUAAUUUACCUUCAGAAGCGCACCUAUCAAAGGUAUCGCUUGAGACAUGGGAUUGGUAGAGGAAGGACUCAGUCCAGUGUGAUGAUGCAUCCUGUUUCUGUAACUCAAGUCUCAUCUAUGAUUGAAACUCAAACAAGUCAGGUUGGAUUACAUUACAGAACAAGAAAUGGUGACAGACCACGUGAUCUUGGCAAUUCGGUGGUAGAAGGAAACGCAGUGGUCGAAGAUGUUGCAGUGGUGUGAAAUGCACAAAACUGUUGAAGUAAUCAUUAUGAUUUUGCAUGCGUUGAACAAUUUAUUUCAAAAACAUCAACCGUAGUAUAUGGUUGUAACUGAAUCGAUGUAUGACAUUAUACCAUUAUGAAAUCAAGCAUGUAAACAAAGAACAUGUUUUAGAAUAUUCCAUGAUUGUCUUUAAGUCCUUCUGUUUCAUCUAUUCUUCUCGAUCCCGAUACUAUUUCAGUGUAAA